AUGGCCGGAAAGAGAUAAAUGUGUGUUGUUGUUUACCAAAUACUUUCCCAUUUGGCUUUUGGGGAUCUCUCUAUUUUUCGUAAUCAUUUUCCCCUCCUUCGUUAAAACACCGCAACCCACCCUGCAAGAAUAUUUGCCCAUCUCAAAAACCAAGAAUAUUCACUCACCAAAUCCCAUCUCCCUUACCCCAUAUCAUCUUGCUUCAUCCCUCAAUUCUUCUGUUUUGGAACCACGAUUCUCCAGAAUUCGAUUCCGGGAUCAGAAUUCAUGGAGACUAGCAGCCUCGGCAUUGAUAAUUCGGGGGUGCCGGCGUUUUUGUUGACCGACGGAACCUCUUGGUGGCAGGAGAUCAACUAUUCUCGCCUAUGGCAGGAUCGUAUCUUCUUCACCCUUGCUGCUCUUUAUGGCGUCGUCGGCAUCGUCGCUCUUGUUCAACUAGUCCGUAUACAAUUGAGGGUGCCGGAGUAUGGUUGGACCACGCAGAAGUUCGGGCUGUUGUUUUCGUAUUUCGCCGUGACGUGCAGAAUUUGGAACCUCCGAUUCUCCAACAUAUCUUGCUUGACAUGCCAAGCCUUGCCUUCUUUACAACAUAUGCUCUUUUGGUUUUGUUUUGGGCAGAGAUUUACUACCAGGCACGUGCUGUAUCAACUGACGGGUUGAGACCAACUUUCCUUACAGUAAAUGCCGUGGUCUAUGUUAUUCAGAUUGUUCUGUGGCUGGUAUUGUGGUGGAAUCCUGUUCAUGUACUAGCCAUACUUUCUAAGAUGUUCUUUGCUUGUGUCUCUUUGUUUGCUGCCCUUGGGUUUCUUAUUUAUGGGGGAAGAUUAUUCUUGAUGUUACAGCGCUUCCCUGUGGAAUCCAAAGGAAGACGUAAGAAGUUGCAAGAGGUUGGCUAUGUGACAACUAUAUGUUUUUCAUGUUUCCUAGUCAGAUGCAUCAUGAUGUGCUUUAACGCUUUUGAUCAAGCCGCUGACCUCGACGUUUUGGAUCAUCCAGUUCUAAAUUUUAUUUACUACCUGUUGGUUGAGAUCGUACCAUCCUCUAUGGUCCUCUUCAUUCUUCGAAAGCUGCCCCCAAAACGAGGAAUCACGCAGUACCAUCCUAUCCGUUAAAAGGGUGAGAAAGAAGAAGAAAAUCUGAUCAAGUUUCGACAAGAGAUGGGUACAGAAGAAAGCGAAAAGUUGGGAAUGAGGUGUAAGAGGUAAAGGGGUAGCUGAUGCCUAAAGAAACGAUGGUGGCAGAGGCAUUUGGAGUUGUGUUGGUUUGUGUAUUAAAAGUUGGGAAAUGUGUUUAAAUAGGAUUAAAUUAAACAAACUGCUACAGACUGAAAUUUAUAGUGAGGGAGGGUUGAUGGUGUUGUGUCAUGUGAUAAGUGAUUUAUUUAACCUUACUCGCUGGAUUUCUUGUUGUCGCCUUUUUUUGGUUCAAAUAGCAAGAGAUACAGUGACAUUUCUAAAUGUUUCUUCCCUGUAUUUAUAACCCACCAAUUGAUUUUAUUUAUUUAUCCGUCACAUUGCCCAUUAGAGGGUGCACAA